AUCCCUAAAAUGGCCGAGGCCCUCAUCAGUGUCCUGACUGAUGAACUCGAGCUGAUUGAGACGCGCGCAUCUCUGUCCUAACCCCCCAGCGCCCCGGUGACGCGCCGUGCCUUUAAACUUUAGAAACGCUGGACGUUAAAAAAACCCUCAAAAAGGAUCACAUUUCACGGAUCUCUAGGAAGAUGAAGAGUCAGAGAUCUUCAUCUCCAGAUGUGUCUCUGAGGAGUGACAGAUCCAUGCCACAGCCUCUUAAAUUCAUUCAUGAGCCAGUGACCUUUGACCUCAGAGCUGAAGAUGGAGAUGUGUAUCAGACUGGAGUCUUGCAGCAGGAUUCUCCUCAACCAGUGAAUGAUGAACUACAGAGAGUCAAAGACCAGCUCAAAACCAGCAUGAAGAUCAAGUAUGAGAGAUUAUUUGAGGGACUGAGACUCCAGGAGAAUCAAACCCUCCUGAACAGGAUCUACACACAGCUCUACAUCAUAGAGGGAGACAGUGAAGGAGUGAAUGAAGAACAUGAGGUUUUACAGAUGGAGAAAACAGCCAGAACAAAACACUCACAAGACACUCCAAUCUACUGCAAUGACAUCUUUAAAUCCUCACCUGAACCAGGACGUGAGGAGAAAGACCAAAUCAAGACUGUUCUUACUAAAGGCAUCGCUGGAAUCGGAAAAACCGUCUCUGUGCAGAAGUUCAUUCUGGACUGGGCCGAGGGAAAAGACAAUCAUGAUGUAGAUUUCAUGUUUGUUCUUCCAUUUCGAGAGCUGAACGUGAUCCGAGAUCAUCGGUACAGUCUUCACAGACUUCUGCUGGACUUUCAUCCUGAACUUCAAGAUCUGGACUCAAAGAUUUAUGAGGAGUGUAAAGUUGUGUUCAUCUUUGAUGGUCUGGAUGAAAGCAGAAUCACACUGAUGUUUUCAGAUGAUCAGAAAGUUUGUGAUGUGACUGAGACUUCAUCAGUGGGUGUGUUGAUGUCAAACCUCAUGAAAGGAGAGCUGCUUCCCUCUGCUCUCAUCUGGAUCACCUCCAGACCAGCAGCAGCCAAUCAGAUCCCCUCCAAAUACAUCAACCGUCUGACAGAAAUUCAGGGAUUCAGUGAGUCUCAGAAGGAGGAAUAUUUCAGGAAGAGAAUCAGUGACCAGCAUCAAGCCAGCAGAAUCAUCUCACACAUCAGAAGAGCAAGAAGCCUUCACAUCAUGUGCCACAUCCCCGUUUUCUGCUGGAUCUCAUCCACUGUGCUUCAGAAGCUCCUGAAAGAAGAUGUGAGUGCAGAAAUCCCUCAAACUCUGACUGAAAUGUACAUCCACUUCCUGCUGAUUCAGAUCAACAUGAGGAAUCUGAAGUAUGAAGAGAGAGAUCCAGAGAAACUCCUGCAGCCCAACAGAGAAGUGAUUGUGAAACUUGCUGAAGUGGCUUUCAAUCAGCUGAUGAAGGGCAAUGUGAUGUUCUAUGAGGAGGACCUGAUUGAGAGCGAUAUAGACAUCACUGACGCCUCAGUGUAUUCUGGGAUUUGCACUGAGAUAUUUAAGGAGGAAUCUGUGAUUGAUCAGAGGAAAGUCUACAGCUUCAUUCAUCUGAGCACUCAGGAGUUUCUUGCUGCUUUCUAUGUAAUUUACUGCUAUUCAAUGAAAAACAUGGAGCCACUGAUGUUGUUUCAGUAUGAAUUCAGAUUUUACAAGUUUGAGACAAUCUCUUUGUAUGAUCUACUAAUAUCAGCAGUAGAUAAAGCUCUUGAGAGUGAGAAUGGACACCUGGAUCUGUUCCUGCGGUUCCUGCUGGGCGUCUCACUGGAGUCCAAUCAGAGACUCUUACAGGAUCUUCUGACACACACAGAGAACAGACCAGAGAGCAUCAGGAGAACCACAUGGUACAUUAAAGAGACAAUCAAGGGUGACACUGGUGAUGAUAAUGAUAAUGAUGAUGGGCUAUAUGUAGAUGAAAUUGAUAUGCUACAAAAGAAACGUCAAAUGCUACAUAAAAAAAUAAAUAUACAUGGUCUCUCAGCUGGUCAAUCGAUCAAUCUGUUCCUCUGUCUGCUGGAAGUGAAAGAUCAGACUCUGUCCAGAGAGAUUCAGGAGUUUGUGAAAUCAGACAAACACUCAGAGAAGAAACUCUCUCCUGCUCACUGCUCAACAAUCGCCUACAUGAUUCAGAUGUCAGAGGAGCCGCUGGAUGAGCUGGAUGUUCAGAAAUACAACACAUCAGAUAAGGGGAGAAGAAGACUGAUACCAGCUGUGAUCAACUGCAGAAAAGCUCUACUUUCUGGUUGUGAUCUCUCAGAUCAGCAUUCUGAAAUGGUGUCAUCAGCGCUACAAUCCUCAAACUGUGUCCUGAGAGAGCUGGAUCUGAGUAACAAUCACCUACAGGACUCUGGUGUGAAGAUUAUUUCUGAUGGAAUGAAGAGUCUAAACUGUCAGCUGCAAAUACUGAGGUUGUCUGGCUGUAUGGUGACAGAGGAAGGCUGUGGUUAUUUGUCUUUAGCUCUGAGUUCAAACCCCUCACACCUGAAAGAGCUGGAUCUGAGCUACAAUCACCCAGGACAAUUGGGGGUCCUACUCUCUGAUGGACUGAAGAGUCCCAACUGUCAGCUGGAGAUACUGAGAUUGUCUAGCUGUAAUCUCAUUGGUCAGUGUUGUGAGAGUUUGUCAUCAGCUCUACAAUCCUCAAACUAUGUCCUAAAAGAGCUAGACCUGAAUAACAAUGACCUACAGAAUUCAGGAGUGAAGCUGCUCUCUGAUGGACUGAAGAGUCCAAACUGUCAACUGGAGAUACUGAGGUUGUCUGGUUGUAUGGUGACAGAGGAAGGCUGUGGUUACUUGUCUUCAGCUCUGAGUUCAAACCCCUCACACCUGAGAGAGCUGGAUCUGAGCUACAAUCACCCAGGACAAUCAGGAGUCCAGCUGCUCAAACACAAACUGGACGAUCCAAACUAUAAACUGCAGAUACUCAAUGUGGAUCGUGGAGGAGAGAUCAUGAUGACAGCAGGACUACGAAAGUAUGCAUGUGAUCUCACACUGGAUCCAAACACAGCACACACUCAACUCGUCCUGUCUGAGCAGGACAAGAUCAUCACAUAUGUGGAAGAUCAUCAGCCGUAUCCUGAUCAUCCAGAGAGAUUUGAAUAUGCUCGUCAGGUUCUGUGUGUUGAGAGUCUGACUGGACGCUGUUACUGGGAGGCUGAAAGGAGUGGAUAUAAGGCUGAAAUAGCAGUGACAUAUAAAGGAAUCAGCAGGAAAGGAGAAAGAGACUGUUUGUUUGGAUUCAGUGAUAAAUCCUGGAGUCUGGAGUCCUCUGAUGAUGGAUUCACUGUCUGUCACAAUAAUAACAGCACUAAUAUACCUUUUGUCCGUUCAUCCUCUAAUAGAGUAGGAGUGUAUGUGGACGUGUCGGCCGGCUCUCUGUCCUUCUACAGCGUCUCUGACACACACACACUCACACACUUACACACAUUCAACACCACAUUCACUGAACCCCUCUAUGCUGGAUUUUUGGUUUUAGACUCCUCAGUGUCUCUGUGUCAGAUUAAACAGCCUCCUGUGAGAAUCAUCAGUGAUACACACACAGUUGGGUCCUGUAACCUCAAAUCUUCUGGGCUCAAUAUUCAUCCUCUGCUGAAGUGUCAGGCUUGCGUCCAUAUAGCUGAUCCAGAUCAGUGGGAUCAGAUUGAGCCGUCGGCCUGUACAGAUGAAGGAGUGUUAAAGUUCAGGUUCAGCACUCAGCCAGGUCGUUACGAGUGUGUCAGGACCAGGAUGCGAUGGGUCUGUGAUUGUGACGCCACCCUUCAGUAUCAAAUUGUAGACGGUCAGUUCCUGAACGCAGAGCUGGAGAGGCUGCAGUGCAACCGAAUCGCCCCAGUGAUGGACGUGACGGUGAUCUCAGGGAAACUGGAGGAAGUUCAUCUGCCACAUUACGCCUGUUUAGGAGAGUCUGAAGCUUCCCUUAGAGAUGCUGUGAAAGUCCUCAGUGUAAAAGAAGAGGGAAUAACCGUAGAACCUGUGCAUCUGACACGAUUCCAUGCUAAGAUUGUCCGACCAUCCUUCUCUAUUAAAACAUUAAUUGUAAGAUGGAUAAUGCGAUGGGAUGAACACUGUGAUCUUCUUCUGUACAUGUGCUCUGAAGUUCCUCUCAUUCUACAUGUGUACUUUUUUCCAUUUGAUGCUCGUACAAAAGAAGAAGUUGAGAAGAUUGAAAAAUCAAGUUAUUCCAUCUUGCAUCCCAGACCUGACAGGCCAUUUCGGAUGAAAACCCCACACAUUCUUGAUGUUCCUGAUGCCUCCGUCCAUCCCAAAGAAGGGAUCACACUCAGAAGAGAAACAGACCCAAACUUCUUUAAGAUCAAGACACGUCUGGAGAAUGAUCUUCAGAUGACUCUUAUCAGAGAGGAGGACAAGAAGAUUGUUUGGACUGCGAUAAUUGAGAAAGAUGAACUUGAUCAGAUUCAUCCACAGAGAGACGAGUCGGUUCUGAAUAGCGUAGCAGAUAAAGCAAGAUAUUUUGAUGACCACUGGUCAGAUCUCAUUCAGAGAGUUCAAAAUGUUAAGAUCAUUUCAGAUAAACUGCUUCAGCAGCAGCUAAUUCAUGAGGAACAAUAUUCAGAAAUCACACAGAGUUUAACCAGUCAGGACGGCAUGAGAAAGAUCUGUGACAUUAUACGUAGGCACAGUGAUGCUGUGAAAGCUGAACUCAUCUUGAUUCUUCAGAAAGAUAAGCUUUACCACUUUUAAACACUGGUCUGAUUCACUUCAGCUCAACGAGCAUCUUUUUCAAAACAGCACUCUCAGACUGAAGGCUCAUUCUCUCGCUCAGUGGUUCCC